AUGGACGAUUAUUUAAAGAAUUCAAGUGUGUUUAAAGAAACCAUUGCCGGUGCAGUUGUUGUGGCAGUCGAAGAGACUGUAAAGCCUUUACAUACAGAAAUUGCUUCCCUCAAAGACGAAGUAACACACCUUAAAGCAAAGCUUGCAAAUGUAGAAGUUAAGGCAAACGACAACGAGCAAUACUCCAGAAGAAACAAUAUACGAAUUUUCGGUCUUGCCGAAGAGAUUAAAGAGGAUUGCUACGACAAAGUACUUAAGUUAUGUGAGAAUCAUUUAAAUAUCGAAGUUAGCAGAGAUGAAAUCGAUCGGGCGCAUCGCGUUGGCCAACUAAAGCAAGUCAGCAGUGGUCAACCAAAGCCAGCCCCACGAGCUAUGAUAGUCAAAUUGAUAUGUUAUACCACUAAAAUGAAAUUUAUGAAAGCCAGAAGAAAUCUCAGGGGCAGACAAAUUUAUAUCAAUGAAGAUCUGACGAAAUCAAAUCAUCAGUUAUUAUUGUAUACAAAAGCAAAUUGCUCGUCAGAUGUCAAAAUCUAUUCAGUUGAUGGUACUGUUGUUGCGCGAACGGAUCGUCGAGUUUAUCGUAUUAAACAUAAAGAAGAUCUAGUCAAGUAUGGUCUGUUAUAUUCAAAGGAUUCCAAGGUCAUUGAAGUUAAUGAGGAUGCCGACUCGUCAAAGCGUUAA